UUGCCUUGGGAUGAGGUGGGAGGCGCUAGAAACCACUUAGUUACAGCCAACCGCCCAAUGCAGCACUCGCUCGCUCCCCCCGCCAGCGGAAGCGCCCGCGGAGCACAAUGCAGCACUGAGGCAGCGCCGCGGCGGAGGCUGCAGCGCCACGGCCGCCGCAGCACCGACCCGGGCUGGGAGGGGGCGGCCGAGGCCAGCCGUGGGGCGCGGGCCGACGGACGCGGACCUGGCGGCCCGGGCAUGAGGAGCUGAGCGUCUCGAACGAGGCUGGCUGACGGCAGCACCAUGCAGGCGGCGGCUGCGUCCGUGCCCUUCUUGCUGCUCUGCGCCCUGGGGACCUGCCCCCCGGCGCGCUGCGGCCGGGCAGGAGACGCCUUGUUGACGGAGCUGGAGAGGAGGAACGAAAACCGCUUCCUGGAGCGCCAGAGCAUCGUGCCACUCCGGCUCCUCUACCGCUCCGGCGGCGAAGACGAAACUGGACACGACGCGCUCGACACGCGAGUGCGGGGCCACCACGGCGCCGGGCAGUUGACUCAUGUUGAUCAGGCGAGCUUCCAGGUUGAUGCCUUUGGAACAUCCUUCAUUCUUGACGUCGUGCUAAACCACGAUUUGCUGUCCUCUGAAUACGUAGAGAGACAUGUUGAACAUGGAGGGAAGACAGUGGAAGUUAAAGGAGGAGAACACUGCUACUACCAGGGCCACAUCCGAGGAAACCCCGCCUCCUUUGUUGCAUUGUCCACAUGCCAUGGCCUUCAUGGGAUGUUCUAUGAUGGGAACCACACCUAUCUCAUUGAACCGGAAGAAAAUGACACCUCCCAAGAGGACUUCCAUUUUCAUUCGGUUUACAAGUCCAGACUGUUUGAAUUUCCCUUGGAUGAUCUUCCAUCUGAAUUUCAACAAGUACACAUCACUCCACCAAAAUUUAUUUUGAAGCCAAGACCAAAAAGAAGUAAACGGCAGCUUCGUCGACAUCCUCGUAAUGUGGAGGAGGAAACCAAAUAUAUUGAGCUGAUGAUUGUCAACGAUCAUCUGAUGUUUAAAAAACAUCGGCUUUCAGUUGUACAUACUAAUACAUAUGCGAAAUCUGUGGUGAACAUGGCGGAUUUAAUAUAUAAAGAUCAACUGAAGACAAGGAUAGUAUUGGUUGCCAUGGAAACCUGGGCAGCGGACAAUAAGUUUGCCAUAUCUGAAAAUCCACUGAUCACCCUACGUGAAUUUAUGAAAUACAGGAGGGAUUUUAUCAAAGAGAAGAGUGAUGCAGUUCACCUUUUUUCGGGAAGUCAAUUUGAGAGUAGCCGGAGCGGGGCGGCUUAUAUUGGUGGGAUUUGCUCGUUGCUGAAAGGAGGAGGCGUGAAUGAAUUUGGGAAAACUGAUUUAAUGGCCGUUACACUCGCCCAGUCAUUAGCCCAUAAUAUUGGUAUUAUCUCAGACAAAAGAAAGUUGGCAAGUGGUGAGUGUAAAUGUGAGGACACGUGGUCCGGAUGCAUAAUGGGAGACACUGGGUAUUAUCUUCCUAAAAAGUUCACCCAGUGUAAUAUUGAAGAGUAUCAUGACUUUCUGAAUAGUGGAGGUGGUGCCUGCCUUUUCAACAAACCUUCUAAGCUUCUCGAUCCUCCUGAGUGUGGCAAUGGCUUCAUUGAAACCGGAGAGGAGUGUGACUGUGGGACCCCAGCAGAGUGUGUCCUUGAAGGAGCAGAGUGUUGUAAGAAAUGCACCUUGACUCAGGACUCUCAAUGCAGUGAUGGUCUUUGUUGUAAAAAGUGCAAGUUUCAGCCCAUGGGGACCGUGUGCAGAGAAGCAGUAAACGAUUGCGAUAUUCGUGAAACGUGCUCAGGAAAUUCAAGCCAGUGUGCCCCAAAUAUUCAUAAAAUGGAUGGAUAUUCAUGUGAUGGUAUUCAGGGGAUUUGCUUUGGAGGAAGAUGUAAAACCAGGGAUAGGCAAUGCAAAUACAUCUGGGGGCAAAAGGUGAUGGCAUCGGACAAAUACUGCUAUGAGAAACUGAAUAUUGAAGGGACGGAGAAGGGUAACUGUGGGAAAGACAAAGACACGUGGAUACAAUGCAACAAACGGGAUGUGCUUUGUGGUUACCUUUUGUGCACCAACAUUGGUAAUAUCCCCAGGCUUGGAGAACUUGAUGGUGAAAUCACAUCUACUUUGGUUGUACAGCAGGGAAAGACGUUAAACUGCAGUGGUGGGCAUGUGAAGCUCGAAGAAGAUGUAGAUCUUGGCUAUGUGGAAGAUGGAACACCUUGUGGUCCCCAAAUGAUGUGCUUAGAACACAGGUGUCUUCCUGUGGCUUCUUUCAACUUUAGUACUUGCUUAAGCAAUAAAGAAGGCACUGUUUGUUCAGGAAAUGGAGUUUGCAGUAAUGAACUGAAGUGUGUUUGUAACAGACACUGGAUUGGUGCCGACUGCAGCACAUACUUCCCUCACAAUGAUGACACAAAGACUGGCAUAACUCUGUCUGGCAAUGGUGUUGCUGGUACCAAUAUCAUAAUAGGCAUAAUUGCUGGUACCAUCUUAGUGCUGGCCCUCAUAUUAGGAAUAACUGCAUGGGGUUAUAAAAAUUAUCGAGAACAGAGACAGUUACCCCAGGGAGAUUAUGUAAAAAAGCCUGGAGAUGGUGACUCUUUUUAUAGCGACAUUGCUCCCGGAGUCAGCACAAACUCAGCAUCUAGUUCUAAGAAGAGGUCAAAUGGGCUUUCUCAUUCUUGGAGUGAAAGGAUUCCGGACACAAAACAUAUUUCAGACAUCUGUGAAAACGGACGACCUCGAAGUAAUUCUUGGCAAGGUAACCUGGGAGGCAACAGAAAGAAAAUCAGAGGCAAAAGAUUUAGACCUCGGUCUAAUUCAACUGAGAGGGAGCCCCAAGCACCUGAGCCUGGGCACUCCCUCGCCCAGACAGUCCCAUCCCAAGGUAUAAGCCUCGGGGGCUCUGACAGCCCCCAGACAGGGAGUCUGGAUCACAGGACUCUGUCUCCUGCCAAGUCUCCGUCUUCAUCAACUGGGUCCAUUGCCUCCAGCAGAAAAUACCCAUACCCAAUGCCUCCACUUCCUGAUGAAGAGAAGAAAGUGAACCGACAAAGUGCCAGGCUAUGGGAGACCUCCAUUUAAGAUCCACUGUUUACAUGCGAUACAUCAAAACUGUUUACUUCAACUUUUAUAGAAACCCAGCCUCACGGAAUCACUGCAAAUCUAUCUGCUCUUCAGACAAUACAAAGACCCUCUGAGAUGCCCCAGAGGAGAGGAAGCCGAGUCUCACAUCAGGAGACCAUUUUC